CACAUGUCCGGCUGGCCCGCUACUAGCGGAUAUAGCAAAGGAGCCCCUAUAAAUUUCUGUCGUCUGCCGUAGGGAGAGAUAUUCUGACAUUGAAGCUCUCACCGUAAUAGACGACGCCAUGGCAAUGCUGCCGUACGCUGAUGUGGACUUCAGCCUGAGAGCAUUGGCCGGUCGCGCGGAGGGCUUUGGCCGUUUCGCCAUCGGCGGCCUCCACGGAUUGCUCUACCAUGUCACUAAUCUUGCUGAUGAUGGUCCGGGAUCACUUCGUGAAGGAUGUCGGAGAAAGGAACCCCUAUGGAUUGUUUUUGACGUUUCUGGCACUAUACAACUGUCAUCUUACUUGAAUGUCUCGUCUUAUAAGACUAUCGAUGGACGUGGCCAAAGGGUUAAGCUCACAGGCAAAGGAUUAAGGCUAAAGGAAUGUGAACACAUAAUUAUUUGCAAUCUGGAGUUUGAAGGGGGUAGAGGACAUGAUGUUGAUGGGAUCCAGAUAAAGCCAAACUCCAGGCACAUAUGGAUAGACCGAUGCAGCCUUCGUGAUUAUGAUGACGGACUCAUAGAUAUCACAAGACAAAGCACAGAUAUUACAGUAUCUAGAUGCUACUUUACAAAUCACGACAAGACAAUGCUUAUUGGAGCAGAUCCAUCUCAUGUUGGUGAUAGAUGCAUUCGGGUUACCAUUCACCAUUGCUUUUUUGAUGGAACACGACAGAGACAGCCACGCGUUAGAUUUGGAAAAGUUCACUUGUACAACAAUUACACGAGAAAUUGGGGAAUAUAUGCUGUUUGUGCAAGUGUCGAAUCUCAGAUAUACUCUCAGUGCAAUAUAUAUGAAGCUGGACAGAAGAAAAAGACUUUUGAAUAUUAUGUGGAGAAGGCAGCGGACAAGGAAGAAAAGAUAUCAGGGUUGAUAAAAUCUGAAGGAGAUGAGUUCCUUAAUGGAGCUCAACCAUGCUUGUUAACAGAGGUUGGUGAAGAGUCGGUGUUCCAUCCAAGCAUAUAUUAUCCAACAUGGACCAUGGAAGCCCCUGGAGAUUCUCUGAAAGAUGUUCUGCAAAUUUGUACUGGUUGGCAAUCCAUUCCUCGACCAACAGAGCUGACGAUAAUUGCAUAGGUCCGAUUUACCUUUUUUUUAAUUUUAUUUUAUAUCUUGCUCGUAUUGAACAUGUAUUCUUGUAUGUACAUCCUGGAAAAUGAUAUUGAGACUAUUGAAGUUAUAUCUUUUCCUCCCUCCCCACUCCCCAUCAAUAGAAAAAAGAAUCAGUGAUGAUGUCUGAUUUCAAAGCU